CUCAGAAGCAACAAUUUUGUAGACAAAUGUUACGUCAUUUAUCCUGAAUUGUGGGUUUUACCGCCACGCUUAUAUUUGAAACUUUUCUCGAGUAGUUUUUACUUAUAACGUGUUAACCACUGUUAUUUUCCUGCCAAAUCCCUUCUCUUCGUUGUUUCAAUUAAUCUGAUCUUCGCUACUGUUUUCAAAGAGAUGAUUAAACCCCACGCGGAUAUUUUGCAUCCAAGUUGUCUUAAAAGAGAUUCCACAUUGAUCGGACAAUAAUGACCACAAUGUAUAUCCCCACAGAUUCAAGGCCCGCCACUAUAUCGGGGAAGACUACCCAACCACGCAGGAGAGCGCUGGGUGUUCACAAGAGGAUAGGUCAUGUUCGUAUCCACACGUCAAUCAAAACAGCAGUCCCUCUCACUAACACACCACGUGACUGCCACCCGGAAAUGAUGCAAGAAAUCAUCGCGAACAAACUUUUCAACUAUUUACUAAAUGAGACCGGAUCUCGUGAAAUUCUUUCCAUGGUUUCAACCCUGGAGUCCAUCAACGGUUUGGUGGUAAAACGGAUGACACGAGGUUCAAUCAACAUAGAAACUUACAUUCACAAAACAACUGCACUCAAGGCAUUAUGGGGGCAUUUCGAAUCAG